AUGGGCGGGAAAUACAGAUCGCUUUCGGGCGCGUGGGUAGACCCGGAAAAGCAGCGCAACAGCAACGAGUACGACUACGACAGCGAAGAAGCUCCCUCUCUUGUUUCCUCCCGCAACGCCUCCGCCUCAUAUGCGCCCAUGCUCGGCCACAAGCACGAUACACGAAGGAGACCCACACUGGCAUAUCAUCUUCCGCGGCGGCGCUUUAGCAGAUACUUCACGCUUGCGCUUACGAGCAUCCUGUUCGUCUUUGUCUACUAUCUCGUCCAGUCUUCCUGGGCGAGCCGAGCAGAAGUGGAACUGGGUCUGAAGAAGCCGCCUCCGCCUCCUCCGGCGUGGGAGCAGUUUCCAUUCUUGAAGAGGUAUCAUGGGGGCAUACGAACUUUAGUGAGCAGGAAAGAGAAUGUACCAGAGUAUCCUGCAGAUGAUGAUGUAGAAGUGCAAAGGUUGAAAGAGGCCGCGUUGGAGCAAAAGCAGAAACAGGAUGCAGAAGCAGCACGAGAGAAGGGCUUUCAGAAACGAGAUGGACUACCUGAACCCCGAAGAUUCGAUCCCAGAGUGGGUGUGAAAGAUUUUGGACAGCCUGUGAAAUGCUACAUGGAUAACAGGACGCAGACGGAGAUACCGCAGUUGCUGGGCUAUAAUGGCGUACCGAGAGGCUUUCCUGAGCCUGUGAUGGGCUCCUACGAAGUGCUUGGAUUGCGCAAUGACAUGUGUUUUGAGCGCUAUGGGAGACUUGGACCGUAUGGAUUUGGAUACAGUAGCAAAUUUGGCGGCAGCAGCGCCGGUUUGGAAGGUGAAAGAGAAGGCGCAGAGAAGGUCUGGGGAGAUGAGCUGGAGAUCGACUACACCAAAGUGCGGUGGGCCAGUGUUCAGCAGCAAUGUGCAGCAGCGAACGCGCACAGAUUCAGGCCGACGUCGCAGGAGGAUACAGUCGAUUUUAGUUCGAUGAGAAGUGGAGAAAGGAGAAGAAGAAUCGCGGAGAAGACAGCCGGAUCAGCUUCACAGACAGCGUCGCAGUUGCAGAAUCGCACGGUGGUGCUCAUUCGCACAUGGACUGGGUUCCAGUAUGACCACGAAGAUCUAUUCUACCUGCGGGCUCUUCUGAACGAGCUGAGUAUACAGUCUGGAACGGAAUACGUUGUCCAUUUUCUGAUACACGUCACCGAUGACAGCAAGGAGAUCUUCGCCGACAAGGACUUGUAUCGACAAGUCCUCGACGACGCGCUUCCGGAAGAGUUCCGAGGAAUGGGGACGCUGUGGUCAGAGCGUCAGAUGGGCUUGAUAUACGGUGGGCUGGACGAGAGCUUCUACCGUAACCUUCCAGUACAUGGCGUGUACCGGAGCACAUACAUGCCUGUCCAAUACUUCGCCCAUACACACCCAGAGUUCGACUUCUUCUGGCAUUGGGAGGUGGACGUUCGCUACACUGGACACUUCUACCAUCUCUUUCAUCAGGUAUCCCAAUGGGCGAAACAGCAGCCAAGAAAGGGAUUGUGGGAGAGGAAUGGGAGAUUCUACGUCCCGUCUGAGCACGGCAGCUGGGAGGACUUCCGGCAGAUGGUGCGAGUGCAAACGGAGCACGGCACAGCAAGUAAGGAGAACAUUUACGCCAAGCUCGCUGCUGAUGCUGGCACGAAGAACCCUAUGGACAAUGACAGCCGCAAGCCCGAGAAGCCUGUUUGGGGUCCUGAGCGCCCUACUGCUCAAGGCGAUGAGACCGAUGAUCCGGAGAACGACCCCCAACCACCAACGUCAUACGACAAGGACAACUACGAAUGGGGAGUUGGUGAAGAAGCAGACUUCAUCACGUUCAAUCCCCUUUUCGACCCUCACAACACGAAUUGGAUCCUAGCCGAAGAUGUCACUGGCUACAACCUCUCCGCCGGCUACCCUCCCCGCCGAACAGCAAUCAUCACCGCCAGCCGUCUCAGCCGCAGACUGCUCGAAACUAUGCACCGCGAAACCGCUCUGAAACGCCACACCAUGUUCAGCGAAAUGUGGCCCGGCAGCUGCGCACUCCAACACGGCUACAAAGCCGUGUACGCCCCUCACCCAGUUUACAUCGACCGGGCCUGGCCCACUUCCUACCUCGCUGCCAUUCUCAACAACGGCCGCAACGGUGCGGCUGGGGGCGCGAGGACUUCGGUCUUCUCGGAUGAGAGACAGCACAAUUUCUUGGGUACGACCUGGUACUACCAUGCUGGCUUUUCCCCCAAUCUGUGGAAGAGGUGGUUGGGUUACAAGGUGGACAAUGAUGGGGGUGAAGAAUGGGAGCUUGCGAAUGAGGGGAGGAUGUGUCUGCCUCCGAUGUUGCUGCAUCCUGUCAAGCAAGUCGAUUUGGUUUAUGAGCAUCAGGAGGGGGAGUAA